CGGCAACCAACCCUCCAGUUUGGUGGCGGGCACGGCAGGGCUGCGUUUCACUCCUUCAGCUGCAGCUGGAGCCCUCGCUGGAUUCCCGAGGCGGCCUGAACCAGCCCUUUUCUUCCGCUCAGCGCGCUCUCCCUCCACUAUGUCUCCUGGCGCAGUGCGCUCCUCGACCACAGCUAUCUCGAAGCCCUUCACCACCUAGCACCGACGUGAUUCCCGCAGACCGCCCACGCCAGACGCUCGCAAACCCGCCAUGCCAGCGUGAUUCAUCCUGCUCGCGACAACGCCGACCGAACAGCGGCGCGCACCGACUGCGAAUAAUUCUAAUACCACAAUGGCGGCGGUCGAAAGGGCGCGGAGCACGACCUCCUCGCUGGACCCCGCGAGCAGAGACAACUCGCUCGCCGCGCCUAUCAACAGAGCGCCAUCCAAGGGUGGAAUUGGCUCGUCGACGACGUCAAUCGCAAGCAGCGACAAUCCAGGCGAUGGAUCGAGCGAUCUGCGCAUGUCCGGCGACGGCGCGCUGGACAAGCUGAAGAGCCGCGGGUCCGAGGACGGCCACGGCGAGGGCUCGCACCGGCGGCGGAUGUCGAAAUUGUUCAAGGGACGGCGGAGACGACGGAGGUCUUCUGCCCAAGACGACCUCUCGCAAGUAGACACCAACGAAGAGGUCCCUCCGCUGCCAGUCAGGCCGCAGACCGGUGACGCGCCGUUCCAGAGCGAGGAGUCACUCGCGCUGCACAAGAGCGUGGCCAGCAGCCUGCUCACCGAAGACUCAGACGCAGAAUCCUCGCCAGUGCGGCCGGGCAUUUCACCGCAUCACUCGCACGCCGGCUACCUCACAUUGUCGUCGCCCCUAAUCACCUCCGAGACUGUCGAUUCGCUUGCGCCCUCAGAUGCGACCCUCGUAGACUCCGCGAUAUCCGCCGACGAAGUGCCUACGCCGCGACACGCCAAAACCAUCGACGUCCCGGCAAACAACAAGAGGGGCACUUCGCCAGUGGGAAAGCUAAAGGAAGCAUUCGCCCCCACCCGACGGUCGACUUCGCCCAAGACCGGAGGCGAUACAGCAGACGACGCACGGCCGAGCACCAGCGGGGCCGGGCUGGGAGCGCUCUUUGGAGCAAAGAGACGAGCAUCCAAAGUCUUGGACGACUCUCUGCCGCUGCAGGCCUCUCCGCCUUCGAUUCACGACAGCAAGGAGACCCAAUCAACGCCUUCGCUGCCGGCAGCUGCUCCCAAGCGAAUCAUCACGCAGACACCUGCGACUCCGCCCAAUGCGGCAGAGGCUCCUACGACAUUUGUGACCCCUCCCACGCCAACAGAUGCACGCCCUGCCUCUCCCGCUGGAUCCGCCUCGAGCUCCAAAGCUAGCACAAAACACAGCGCUUCGCAGUCCAACCCAAAUGUCGUCGUGUCUCCUUCGGGGAAUAUGAUAUCGCACCGACGCGUGCGCUCAGCGACAAAUCCCCCCAGCAAACUCUCCAAUUCUAUAUCGGCGCCAUUGACGCCAACACUUGAGGAGGUAAAGACUCCUGGCGGAACGGCAGGGCCUCCUCAGUCACCUAGCGGAUUUUUCUCCUCUGUAUUUUCUGCGGCGCAGAACGCUGCCAACAGUCUAAGCACUACUAUUGCUAACAGCGCUACCACAAACAAAAACAAGGCUGCCAACCAACAACCGAAGACUGAAGACAAAAAGACCGGUGAGGUCGGUGGCGAAGAAGUCAUAGGGCCGGAUAACGCAGAAUCCACUGAUAGCUCUGGGACAGAGAAGCGGAGACCUGCUGUCGAAACCCUUGGAUCUGGAAACUUGAGCUUGGCCCAGCUUGGAAUAACUGACAGCGAGGGAGUCAGCCCAAUGUCUUCCGCGAUUAAUCUCCCGACGAACUCUGACGAGGCUUCGGCGAAAGCUGAGGAUAUGGCCGCCGCGCAAGCUGUAUCCGCAGCUUACGCGGCAGAGAAACCCACAGCCGCUAACAAUGACCGUCCCCGGUCACUCACUACCGCAUCCGGUGGUGCAGUAUCACCGCCUCGACAGCCCGAUAUAACGGAUUCUCCUGCAGCGGCAUCUAUCCAGCGACAGGGUAGCAUUCGAAGUCGCAUAAGCGGUGGUAGAAAGAGACGGCAUCGGGGCAGCUCCGCCACUACUGGCAACACAAUAGCAGCCGCAAUAGGCGCGAGCACAUCUACUUUGGUGCCCCAGGCUGCAAUGAGCAGUUCCCGUCUUAAUGGGACUGGAUUUGCGGUUGCAUCGUCGAAGCGGAACCGGGAUUUCCACAACCUCUUCAAGAGCGUGCCCGAGGACGAUUACCUUAUCGAAGAUUACAGUGCAGCGCUGCAGAAGGAGAUCUUGCUCCAUGGGCGUCUCUAUGUCUCCGAGGGCCAUUUGUGCUUCUCCAGCAAUAUUUUGGGUUGGGUCACGAACCUUGUCAUCAGCUUUGACGAAGUGGUCUCGGUGGAGAAGAAGUCUACGGCCGUGGUGUUCCCCAACGCCAUUGUGAUUCAGACCCUUCACGCGCGGAAUGUUUUUGCGUCUUUCCUAAGCCGCGAUUCGACGUACGACCUCAUAAUCGGCAUCUGGAAGAUCUCUCAUCCUAACCUCAAGUCCUCGCUCAAUGGCGUUGCGCUCGACGGCUCUGGAACCGGUGACAAGACCGAGAAGGCUGAGUCCGUCGGUAGUGAAGAAGGCUCGGUCCAGGAUUCCGACGACGAGGUGUACGAUGAGGACGCCGAAGAAGAGGAGGGCCUGGGCAGCUUCACAGAAGCGGGUGAAGGCAGCAUUGCCGGCAGCGAGCUCGAUUCAGUGCAAGGUGAGACUCGGAAAGCCAGUGCCAGCAUUGCACAAGCGGUUAGCGGUGGAACUAUGAAGCUGAGCGACGUUGCCGAGGCAGCUGUUAAUGGAGCAACAUCCCCGGACUUCCCGGGCUCAGCAACUCAUACGCCUACGGAAUGCGGCGACAGCGAUCAACAUUAUGACAAACUCCUCAUUGACACGACGAUUCCCGCACCUCUCGGCAAGAUAUAUAGCAUGAUGUUUGGUCCUGCUUCUGGCGUCUUCAUGCGGAAGUGGCUGGUCGAAGACCAAAAGUCGACCGACCUGCAAAUGGAGGAUGACGGGAAGGGAAUGGGUGAAGGUCGCAAGACUUUCAGUUACUCUUACAUCAAGCCCCUGCCCGGCAGCAUUGGACCUAGGCAGACGAAGUGCAACAUUUCCGCGACACUGGAGCAGUUUGACUUGGACCGGGCCGUCACCGUCCAACAAAGCACCCAGACCCCAGACGUACCUAGUGGAAGCAUCUUCCUCACAAAAACGCGAUACUGUCUGAUGUGGGGCCCGAACAAUAGUACCCGGCUGAUCAUGACGUUCACGGUCGAAUGGAGCGGGAAGAGUUGGCUGAAGGGUCCGAUCGAAAAGGGUGCAAACGAUGGCCAAAUGACCUACGCAACAGCCCUUAGUUCAGCACUCCGAGCCGCAGUGAGCGCUAAGGGUGUUCCCAAAGCACUCGGCAAAGGAGGCAAGCCCAAGAAGCGUUCCAAGGCCGCGCUGGCGGAGGGCAACGUUCCCACCCCAGUCACAGAACCGACGCCGGCAGCUCAAGCACAGCAGAAGAACUGGGGCGUCUUGGAACCCAUUCGCGGCCUUCUCGGUCCCCUGGCGGAUAUCCUGGAUAUGCUCAUCACCACGCAAACCAUCAUCUUGUUCCUUGCUAUCCUUCUGAUGUAUUCCUGGUUCUUUCGUUCCCCGGCAGCGGGAGUUGGAUUGCAUGGCCAAAUGCCAACCGCUCAACGCCAAGUUGCGUACGAAGAAAUCUGGCGUACGGAGGAAGCGGAAUUGUGGAAGUGGCUAGAGGAACGCGUUGCGCUAGAUCGCGUGCACAGCUCCGUUGCUGCGGGGCGCUUACAACAGGGGUACGAAAUCCAGUCUAAGCUGGUAGCGGACAGCAUGAGGGACUUGCAGGUCGACGAGGCGAUUCGCGUGACGGAGGAGAAGCUGGCCGCGCUGAAGCAUGCGGUUAAGCGGGAGAGGGAGACGAGCACGAAGAGUCCCAAGGAGGAGCAGACAUGAUUGUUGUGGAUGGGUGGGUAGAUACCCCGUUGACUGUAUGAUUGUGCGCUUUGUUUUGUAUGGGUCGGCAAUGCGUGCCAUUUGUAAACGUUGCAUUGCAUGGCGUGGGAUUUCUCUCUGCUUUGACGUAUGGGAGCAUGCGAGCAUCACCUGAACGUUGGCACACGAGCAUUGGUUCCUACUACUAGGUAUAUAAAAUGGAAUAACCCUCUGAUUGACGA